CAUAAUUUCCUGCUCUUCCAACCCAUGCAUGGUGCUUGAUACUUUUUGGAUCAGAUCACAGGUGCUGGCGACCGAUCCAAGUAGGGGAGGAGGGCGAGUGGUGCUGACACCUGAAUACCAGCGGCGUGGAAGAUAGAAUCGGAUCCCACCAUGCUGUCACGUCCGCUCCUCCCCUGUGGGAAGCGCAAGCUCUACAGUGCCUUUGGGUCUCUUGGGGUAAAAUCGUCUUUCCGGAGCCGAAUCCAUCCGCCGCUCUGUGUUCGUGCAUUUUCACAGUCAGCGUUCGCGAGGCGGGAUGACGGCGCAAAGAAAGCUGCGCAAGCAACCAAGUUUGCAGAAGCACCCCCAAGCAGGGCUGACAGCACCGAAGUUACCAAACCAGAGUCUAUACAACAGAAAGAGACCGUAAAAGCCGAACCAGAGCCAUCCAAGAAAGAAGCUCUCCUCGCGGAAAAAGUGGUCUCCAACAAGGAACAACGCAAAGUCGACCUGGCUAUCAUGAGAGAAAUGGUCCAGUAUCUGUGGCCCAAGGGAGACUGGGGGACCAAGUUACGAGUCGGUACUGCAUUGGGCCUGUUGGUUGGGGCCAAGAUCCUCAACGUCAAUGUUCCCUUCUAUUUCAAAAGCAUUGUGGACUCGAUGAACAUUGAUUUUCUGGCGGUUGGCGGCACUGCCUGGACGGUGGCAGGGUCGAUGAUAGUCGCAUAUGGUGCGACUCGGAUUGGCGCAACGUUGUUUCAGGAGCUACGAAAUGCUGUCUUUGCCAGUGUGGCCCAGAAGGCCAUCCGGAAUGUGGCACGCAACGUGUUUCAGCAUCUUUUGCGACUUGACCUGAAUUUUCAUCUGUCGAGACAGACUGGUGGGUUGACCAGGGCCUUGGAUCGCGGUACCAAAGGAAUCAGCUUUUUGCUGACAUCCAUGUUGUUCCACAUUUUCCCGACUGUGCUGGAGAUUUCCUUGGUCUGUGGCAUCUUAACAUAUCAGUAUGGAGCCCAGUUCGCUGCCAUCACGGCUGCUACGAUGGUUGCAUAUUCAACCUUUACCAUUACUACGACCUCGUGGAGAACAAAAUUCCGCAAGCAGGCAAAUGCAGCUGACAACCAAGGAGCUACGGUGGCUGUUGACACACUGAUCAACUACGAGGCGGUCAAAUACUUCAACAACGAGAAAUUCGAGGUCAACAGAUAUGACGCGGCCUUGAAAAAGUACCAGGAUGCUUCAAUCAAGGUCACGACGUCGUUGGCAUAUUUAAAUACCGGCCAGAAUGUGAUCUUCUCCAGUGCGCUAGCAGCCAUGAUGUACAUGGCGGCGAAUGGGGUGGCUAGUGGCUCGCUGACGGUUGGAGACUUGGUCAUGGUCAAUCAACUCGUUUUCCAGUUGUCAGUGCCGCUGAACUUCUUGGGUUCAGUCUAUCGAGAACUUCGACAGUCCCUCCUCGAUAUGGAGACGUUGUUCAACUUGCAAAAGGUGAACGUGACCGUCAAAGAGGUUGCGAACCCGAGGCCGCUAGCUUUGACGAAAGGCGGCGAGAUCAAGUUUGAAAAUGUUACGUUCGGCUACCAUUCUGAUCGGCUGAUUCUCCGCAAUCUGAGCAUGACAAUACCUGCAGGCAAAAAGGUUGCCAUAGUCGGACCCAGUGGUUGCGGGAAAUCGACAAUCCUUCGACUGCUCUUCCGGUUCUAUGAUGCUGACUCUGGUAAGAUCUUGGUUGACGGACAAAAUAUCCGCGAUGUGAGCCUCGAUAGCUUGCGACGGAGUAUCGGGGUUGUACCACAAGAUACACCGCUAUUCAACAACACAAUCGAGCACAAUAUCCGAUAUGGCAACGUCGACGCCUCCUUGGACGAAGUCAAGAGUGCCGCAAAGCGAGCGCAUAUCUACGACCUCAUUGAGCGCUUGCCAGCUGGAUGGAAUACUAUGGUCGGUGAACGAGGCAUGAUGAUCUCCGGCGGCGAAAAGCAGCGACUCGCUGUUGCGCGACUGAUUCUGAAAGAUCCUCCUCUCCUGUUCUUCGACGAAGCGACGUCGGCGCUAGAUACUUAUACCGAGCAGACGCUGCUACAAAACAUCAACAGUAUUCUAAAGGAGAAGGCUCGCACCAGCGUCUUCGUCGCGCAUCGGCUCCGCACCAUCUAUGACAGCGACAUCAUCUUCGUCCUCAAAGAAGGCCAAGUGGUUGAACAAGGCACUCAUGCCGAGCUGUUGGCACGUGAGGGACUCUACGCUGAUCUCUGGGCUGCCCAGGAAGUUUCAAUCGGACAAGACAUGACCCUCGAACGAUCCCUGGAAGAAAAACGGCAGGCCGAAGAAAAGGAGACUUGAUCUUGAGAGCAAAAGGGCACGACCUGCGCCACAGUGAAGGUAGUCGGUUCGUUCGAUUUCGGUGGGAUUGAUGACAUUGCCUUGGACAAAGUUUGAAAAGGGGAGCGCAUUCCUCGAUCCCUCCACAAACCGAGACGCGGGGUCUAGACGUGUUCCUUUGGGCUUACGCGUGCGCAGCCCAGAAGAUUCGUCGUUCUCGCUCGCACGGUGAGGGUGGGUUAGGAAAAGGGGGGGCGGUCAGUGGAAGAAGAGAACUCGUCGUUAACCUUUUCUUCGAGAACACCAAGCGAGACGUGAUGAUCUCAGGACGAGGGGAGACCACUACUAUUGAGACAGGUGCCCACUUGUGCCCACUUCGACCAACACUCACCAUCAAUCAGGUUACCAGGGGAGCGAGAUGAUAGACGCGGUUGGGCAGAGACAAGGACAGGGGUGAACGAAUUUCGUUUUCGCACGUGGCGUCGAGACUCUGGCAUCAGCUCCACUUGUAGAGAACGGCCACCACUGCAUGCAGUCUAGUGAGAAGCCCCCGAGUGCCGAUCCCUCGACGGUGUUCGAUUUCUUGGAUAAGCACGUCAAACGGUCGUGGCUGCGUGGAAGGGCUCGUGGGGGAACGGGAAUGAUGGAGAGGAGAAGGAGAAUCGGAGUAUGUUAGUUGCUAUUUCGUGCCAGGUAAGCGGAACUCUCGCAGCUCGUUCAAUCAAUCAAUCAGAUAGAUCUCAGGUAGAACAAGUCAGGACCUUGGUUCAUUUCA